AUGGGAAAAAGAAAAACAAGAAGCAAUAACAAGAAUGUAUCGGAUAAAGUUGUCGAUGAUCCCAAUCGUAUGGAUGUGUCUGACGAAGGGGAUCCAUCUGAUGCCUUAGAAAAUGACAAUGAUGACGUCGAAGAAGGAAUAAUAGACGUAGACUUUGAUUUUUUUGACCCAAAAAAAAUCGAUUUUCAUUCAAUAAAAAAUUUGUUGAUUCAAUUAUUUUCUUCGGAUUCCGAGUUGUUUCACUUGAGCGAAUUGACAGAAUUGAUUAUUGAUCAACCGUUGUUGGGUAGUACUGUUAAAGUUGAUGGAUCGGAAUCCGAUCCUUACGCUUUACUUACUGUGCUUAACAUUAACAAACAUAAGGAAAAGCAAUGCAUGAAAAGUCUUGUUGGUUAUUUGUUGGAAAAAACAAAAAAGGACUCUAGAUUACAUGAUAAACUUACCAACCUUUUCAGAGAAAAUUCUGAACAACAUGUUGGACUAAUUUUAAGUGAAAGAUUAAUUAACAUGCCAGUACAGAUUGUUCCGCCAAUGUAUAAAAUGUUACAAGAGGAGAUUCAAUGGGCUAUUGAAGAUGCAAAAGUUAUGUCCACUGUGGAUGAUGCAGAUGUUCAAAAGUCGAGAAAAAAGAAAGCGAGGUCAGAACAAACGACCUUUUAUUUUCAUGCUGAAGAUGAAAUAAUCGAACAGAAUUCGGAUUAUCAACUAAACUUUGAGUUCACGAAACAAUCAACGGCAGUGUCAGAUUCUCGAAGGGCUUUUAGUGAUUUUGGUAUCGCACCCGAAAUGAAAUUAUUUUUAUUACAUAAAUCAAAGUUUGAUAAAUUAAUUCAGGAUUUAGAAAAUGCCUGCAAGUAG